GAACAACCAACACAAACACCACGACAGCACAAUCUCGAGUUCUGCCCUUGGACCGAGAGGAGUUCUACAGCCGUCCGCCGUCCGCCGUCUGCGGUCGACCUGCACGGCUUCCUGCACCAUCGACGCACCCUCAGCACCUACACCGUGAAGCUCAGUCCUCAAACAACAAACUCAAGUCUUCUUGAAGGGUUUUGUGGAAGAUAAAGGAAAGUGAAGAGCAUAAUCAAGUCAAAUGGGAAGAUCACCCGGUAAUGGAGGACCAUCUUUCCGCUUUAAUCAGGCCGAGAUAGAAACAUCUGAAGCAAGCCAUUUGAAGAAUUCUCGAUUGAAAAAUCUGAAGCAGCUCAACCCCAACUGGGCUCAGCUUUGCCAAAAAUUAGGUUAUGGGUCUGAACUAUCCUCAAAGAAAUCAGGAAAAGAGAUUCAAGAAACCAUAUUAGGAAAGCGCAAAGAGAGGUCCGAUAAGGAUGAGGCCAAUGAAAAUGAGAUGAAUGCUCUCACUCCUACCUCAUCAGAUUCAAGUAUUACAGAUGCGAUCGCCAUGGAUUGCGAAAUGGUUGGAGUCAGCCCUCUAGGAAACAAAAGCGCUCUUGGAAGAGUGACCUUGGUAAAUACGUGGGGGAACGUUAUAUAUGACGAGCAUGUUCGUCCAGUUGAACAUGUGGUUGACUUUCGUACAAAAAUAAGUGGCAUCCGACCCCGUGACUUGAAAAAAGCAAAGGAUUUCCGUGUUGUUCAGAAGGAAGUGGCGGAAUUGCUCAAAGGGAAGAUUCUUGUGGGCCACGCAUUGCGUAAUGAUCUUAAGGCCUUGUUAUUAAGUCACCCAAAGAAGGAUAUACGUGAUACUGCUGAGUAUCAACCGUUUCUGAAAGAAGGGCGUAGCAAGGCACUUCGACAUCUUGCAGCCGAAGUCCUUAGCGUCAAGAUUCAAAGCGGCGAGCAUUGCCCUAUAGAAGAUGCUCGUGCUGCCAUGAUGCUUUAUAUGAAGAAAAAGCGGGAAUGGGAAAAGAAUGUUAAGGAUAUCGUCAAGAUGAAACUAAAGCAGAAGAAGCGUAAACCUAAAAAAAGAAAGAAAGAAGGUUCACUUGCAUCUUAGAAUCAUCAUUUUUUUCAUUGAACAGAACUUUGAAGCUUAAACUUAUUGUGGUGGGUGGUGCCAUCAUGCGGUGGUAACCGGUGGCAUUUUCGAAAUGAAACAGUCUAAUCAUUUACUAUGAGGUGUCUCUAAAAGGCUCUUUUGGUCCAAAAUUUUGCUUUUGUUUCGGUUGUGUUUUUGUGUUCAUGGAAAAUAUUAGGAGUUGAGGAUAUGGUUGCCAGUGUGUGUAUUCAUGGAAAAUAUUAGGAGUUGAGGAUAUGGUUGUCAGGUUACAGGAGGAGAAAAAUAUGCCUCAAGAACCUUUUGGUUUUUGGAAGUCCCUUUGUAGUUUUUAUGGUAAUGGUUGUAUUUAUAAGAA